AUGGUAUUUCCGCUUUCUCUUAGUCUGCAGGUUAAGGCUAGUUUUUCACUAUCUUGUGUGAGCCAUGUUGCUAAGUGGCGUCCUCCUUGAUUUAAAGGCGAAAAAUAGGGGAGCAAACUACUUAGAAGGGGAACUCACUGAACAUCCAGGCGUAGUGAAAAACUAGUGUUAACCACGGCUUGCAGAUGACACCGGAGGUCGCCAGUAGUUUCGCUUACCUGAAAUACCUAGUGCUUGUCAUGUGGCUCCUGAUGGCUCUCAGAUUUUUGUCAGCCGACCUCAGCGGCGCCCUGAACGAACUCCUCAGUGGUCUGGCAGGUAGAACGGGUGCUACCAUCAGUGUGUGUCUGUGUAGUAAACUCCUUCUAUGCCAUGGUUGCCAAACAACAAUGACUGUAGCAGUUCUUGAAGACUUCAACCGCUCGAGUACUGGUUGUAGGUGCAUCUUGCUCGUCAACACAUCAAUUUCAGAUGAAAGUAUUUGUAUUGUAUAACCUUCAGCAAGUACUAGACGAUCAUCAUGGAACAAUAUUCAAAAUUGACGUCAACACAGCAGGUGUGUUUCUACUUACAUCUUGCUCAACACAUCAUCAGGCGUGUUUCUACUGAAGGACGACGCGAUGUGGGUCACGUGCUGGGAGACAUUUUUCAAAGACGGCUGUCUAAUUAAGGCUAGCUGUUCAGUCUAGUUGAGGAGAAAAAAGGAAAUGAAUCUCACUCAACCGAGUUGAUAUUCUCACCAUCAUCCUUCGCCCUUUUUCUACUUAUUUGAAAAAGAAGCACCCAUAGCCACGGAUCAAUCAACAUGCAGCACCCAAUGACCAUGGUGCUACGGGUACUUACUAGGAAUGGAACCACCAGAGAUACAAACAUGACACGCUCUAACUUCGGCUUUUUCUCUGGCGGUGGAGGCCUCAGGUGUCUCCCGUACUGCUGUUUCAUCUGGGGUGUGAACGGAUUUUUUGACCUCGCUUUGGCUGCAAAUUUAAUUUCCAAGUACGGUGGACUCGUGCCCUGCGACUUCUCUCUGAUAUUAAGGCUCAGUUAAGCUCACUAGGCCCUGCUCUAAAAAAAGGGUCACCGAUAGGUUUCCGCUUGAUUGCAUUGUGUUUGUUUCUGCACUAGCUACCAUCCCUGACUCUUACUCUUUUCGUUCCUACUAUGUGAGCAGUUUAUAGCACGCGCGGCGCACGGAGCGCAUGGAGCGAAGACCCAUAAGGGACGCAAGAAGCGACCCCUUUAGGUCCAUGCAACUCCAUGCGAUCGAUCCACGCACUCCAUGCCAUGCGAGCUGGCAACCCUUACAAGCUUCGCUGUGCUAAGCAUAGGCACGGCGUCGAAAUGCGUUGACAUCUUCCCAGUUCUUUUUCUACGUAUCUAACGUGCCUACAUUUCUAAAGGGAAACGCCUAGAAGUACGGAGAUGCUCACCAGGAUUGCACUCGGGUGCUGAAUAAUUGCUCAAAAAUACUUCACCAUCCAGAUCCCUGACUCUUUUCCUACUCAGAAAGAUCUUUUCCUACGAAGAAUAAAGAAAGAGUUUGUCAGUGGUCACUAAGUAAGACCUUGCCCUACUAAGGAUAAGGAAAAAGUUUGUCAAUGGUCACUAAGAAAGACGACCUUCCCCUACUAAUAAUAAGGGAAAAGUCUGUCAGGGGCCACUAAGAAAGACCGUCCCCCACUAGUAAUAAGGGAGAAAGUCUGUCAGUGGGAGUGGUCACUAAGAAAGACGGCCUUCCCCUACUAAUAAUUAUACGGCAAAAGUCUAUCAGGGGGAGGGGCCACUAAAAAAGACCGUCCCCCACUAAGAAUAAGGGAGAAAGUCUGUCAGUGGUCACUAAGAAAGACGACCUUCCCCCACUAAUAAUAUGGGAAAAGUCUGCCAGGGGCCACUAAGAAAGACGACAUUCCCUCACUAAUAAUAAGGGAAAAGCCUGCCAGGGGCCACUAAGAAAGGCCUUCCCCUACUAAUAAUAAGGGGAAAAGUCUGUAGUUAGGGAUCAAUCGCUGGGCUUGCCUGUUUGUGCUUGGAUAAUUAUCAUCUUCUUCCUGUUAGAAGAAUGCAACCACCACCACGGAACUACCUACUACCUCUAAUUAUAUGCGCCGAGCCGCUCUUUGCCCUAGUAGCGGGAAUGGUUCAGUUUGGUUCCUCCAUUUUUGUGUGGAAUUUGAUAAAAAUGCAGCUCUCCUCGUCGUCGUCCGCAGAGGUAGGGGGACAGGGAGGAGGCGCGCAAAAUGCGAGUGCUACAAGAUAUGACCAUAAGCAUACUUCUUUGCUUCAGUACUCAAAUAUUUUUAUCUAUCUUUUUCAGAAGUUAACGUUGUUGUUGAGUAGUGCAUAUUGAUACUUUUACUUUCUUCAUGUCAGCGGUGGCGGUUUUUUUCUCAUACAUUGGUGAGUACAACUAGCGGUAGUUCCUCUUCUUCAUUCCAGCGCAGUUUCGAUUAGCGCCUUAUAAGUACAUAUUUAUUACAUACAGGAGCAUCAUCUUCUAUUUCUUCUUGGUACUAGUUUCCCUUCAUUCCAGCGGUGGCGGUUUUUUCUCAGGUGGAUUGCUAUCGUCAAGUGGAUCCUACGUUCAGGAUGGAGUAGUCACCGCACCGAGCGGAGGACCGCAGCAGGCCUCUGUUAAGGCUUGUUCCCGUUACCGUAAGGGCCAUUAAUUCAUCUUGAGGUUGAGAAGCAAAUCCAAAAGCAUCUUGAUGUGGAUCUUCUUCUUUGGCUCCCUUUUCUCUGAUGACGGAAAGAAUAAGAAAACGCGACGCGGUCAAGGAAAGAAGCGAACACGUAAAAGAUGACAGACUUGCAAGUUAGUAGUUACACGAUGUAAAAGAUAACAGACUUGCAAGAUAGAUGCAUAGAUAGAUGACAGACCUGUAAGACAGAUGAAUAUCUGCAACUAGAUGAAUAUCUGUAAGGUCGUCUAACUCUGGCUUUAGCUUGUUCGGUGGCACAGGUCAAACGCUUGGCGGCACGCUUGGUGGCGAGACGUCUGGGUACCAGCCAGUCGCAGGGGAAUCACAGAGCCAGUUGCCGACGCAGCCAGGCUUUCAGCCGUUCACUGGAACCGGGCAACGACUGGAGGGGCGUGUCUAGAAAAGGGGAGAAUCGAAACUGGGACAGAGCAGCGACUGGAGGGGCGUGCCGUCUAAGAAAGAUUUUUUUUUUGAAGAAGAAGAGGCGAAAGCCAUAAUUCGGCCAGAUGAAGGAAAGUCGCUUUACAAUAGCCAUAAUCCAGCCAGACGAACCGGGAGAGUCGCUUUGCAAUUACUUGGAUUCACUGAAAUGAGUUUGGUCAGUUUUCAGUUUCGAAAUGCGUCUGAUACUGAUUAUUCCUGAAGAUGCAGCUGAUCUCGAAUGAGAAAAGUGAUAUAGAACAGGGC